AUGUUCGCACGUGCUACCAAUUCGGCGUAUAUCUGCCUCAGAUGUCAGAGAAGACUGGUCAAAGACAACCUACAACCCCCCAAAGUAACGGAUUCUGCAUCUACAAGUCUACUGCGACGAUGGCGCAGCACCGCAGCAGCGGUUACAGCUGUCGAAGACGACGAACAUGCUGAUUUUCAUGCUGAAGAUCAGAAACCCGCCUUCGUGUCGCUUCCCGAAAAUCCCAGACGUCAAGGCCUUCGAGACACAAAGUAUCGAAAAUGGCGACCAAGUCGAACAGCAGAACUGGGGGUGAAUUCCUUGGGCAAACCAGCGGAAGUAUUAAUUCUUCCUUCAAGAGAUCGGAAAAUACCAGAAGUCCCCAAGGGGAGCCAGGAUAUAUCCUCAUCCACCGACAGACUGCAAGAAUCACUCGACUCGGGACGAUUACCGCUGAGUCGCAAAGAACUACUGGAGAAUAUUGAGCAAACACGGCAGGGCAUUGACAAAAAGCGUGGACAACUGGAACUCAAAGAAUCAGCACUUCUCAUAAAAAGCUUGUUCAAAGGGUUCACCCACGACCAAUUGAAGCAAUAUAUCCGAUUCAAACAUGCGCGCCACCUGUCAUCACAGGGACUGGACGUGGUUGCCAAGCGGAACAAAAUUGACACCAUCAGAUAUGUGGUCGAGGAAGUAUGGGGCUAUACAAUACAUCCAGCCGACAGGUCCUUGCAAAGUGUCUUGAUGAAAAAUUCGACGCUAAGCUUCUUCGUACGAGACGAAGCUAGGUUUGACUAUCUUUUGACGGCCAGAAAUCAGCCAUUAAAAAGGAUUGCGGCAACUUUCGAUGUCCAGAUUGAGGUCUUCUGGCGUGAAUUCAGAAUCAAAGUGACAGGUGUGUCAGGGCAGGCCUCAAAAGCGGUGGCGGCUAUUUCCAACUUGGCACGAUCUCUUGAACCGACUGUCAUCCAGUUAAAUGGGACUCUGGGCGAGGCCUAUCGUGAUCCAGCCCUGACACAUUCCAUCAAGCCUUUUUUCAAAUCCAUUCAGCAGAAACAUCAAGUGAACAUUGCUGCAACCGAGAAAACUGUGGAAAUAAUAUACCUCAACCAAUCUCGUCGAGUUCAGCAAGCACAUCGUGAGAUACGACUUGCUGGAGAUCUGAAAGUCGACAGGCAAAAGGUUGGCCUAUGGCUUCCAAGUGACAAUGCUGCAAGCUCUCUUCUGCCGUAUCCGACUCCGGCCGAGUUUCCGUGGGCCCUUUCCCAAUUCUCAUGGGGAAGGCUCAUUGCCUCCUCUGGUCAUCCACCUACCCCGUCUCCUCCUGGAGUGAAUUUCGACCGACCAGCUUCACUUGAUUCGAUGGUCAACUGCAUCCACACAUGGCUCCAACCGAUCAGGACAAUUCCGCAGCCAGAGUCUCGUGGCGAUCUUCAUCUCGAAUUGACUGCCCAACUCGGUCAAGCCUUGUUCCGAGAUUUUCGGGGACCGAAUGAAAAGGAAGAAAGGGGAAAGGUUUUGAAAGACGGCGUGGAAAAUGAUGAACGUGACCGCAGAAGAUCGGAGUUAGAGGCCAACCCGGGAGUCCUACAGCUGUUCGACAAGAAGUCUUCCAAGGAUGACAUCAGGGGUCAUGAAGACGUCGAAAAUAAAGAUGAACCAGAGGAUGAGUGUAUGGGUGUCAAUGAAAAAGGGAUGAAUUCGGAUGCGUGUACCGUAGAAGCUCUAUACAAGAUGCCGCGCUUUACCGGAGGCGCUCCCUAUCUGCCUCAGCAACUCGCUACGAGGAAGCAGUGGGUCCAACAGCCUAAGACGAUACGAAGAGAUACGAGCCCAGAAGCUCGUGCUAUCCUCCGCCUCGAAUUCUCGCCAGUGGUCAUGAAACGGAAAUUUGCACCCUCACCCAACUUGGAAGUAUUCAUUACCUCAGGAGAAGCACGGGAAGGUAAAAGAAGCCCUCUCAAAGUCGCCAGGGUCACCGCCAUCCACGAUGAAAAGGCCUAUACAAUCCUCUGUCCUGAUCGCCUCGUCGAUGUAAGGAUCGUCCAGCAAGUCAAACAAGACAUUGGGUAUCCUGGAGCCCAUAACCCCAUUCAUCGAACGUUGCUCUCCACUCUUCAGGGCUAUUUCAGCAGAGCCGAGUCUGAGACUCCUACUGAAUGGGUAUUUCCACCAUUCGUUUCCCUGCCUGUCCAUCACAGUUUGCAAAACGUCGCGAAGAAUCUCCAGAAUGCCAUCCGUCCGGGUCAGGUGUACAAAGCACCUGAUCCUCCAAAGAAAACUGUCCAGGGACGGGAAGUGGCCGUACAGCGGGAGUCUGUCGAUUAUAUACUCCGGACGGUGGAUGUUGUGGACGUUGAUUCACGUCUUGUUUCGGCAACUCCAGUUGAUCAAACUUCCAAGUCCACAAAGGGUCCCAAAACUACUAAUCUUUGCCUGGAUCAUAUCACGUUCACCGGCACGGAGACGACGAAGCAGACACUUCGGCUCUCGACAAGUUCGCUUCUGUAUCCUCCAGACCUGAAGCAGCCUGCUCUUUCAACUUUAACACGCGAGGCACUGAAGUUGGCAGGUCAAUUGGGCAAUGAUCCAACCAAAGUCAUGCUGGUACAGAGCAAAGAUGCGGAAGCCAUGUCCGAUGCCAAAGACGACAUUACUACGGAGAAGGGGACCCGCUUGAAGGAAAACCCCCAAAAGUCCCGCAUCGGCAAGAAGCGGAAGGCCAAGUCCCAGCCUGAAACCAAAGCCUCGGGAAUGAAGCCCACGGCAUCUGAGUCUUGA